GGCGAUGCACGAAGGAGAGGACAGCGUACGCACCGAGCAGCAGUGAUGAUGAGGAUCCGUCAAAGGAGAUCGGAGUCACUUACAAAUCGACAAGGUCGGCGAAACCUGUUGGCCCCGAAGACAUGGGAGCCACAGCAGUGUAUGAACUGGACACGGAGAAGGAGAAAGAUGCCCAGGCCAUCUUUGAGCGCAGCCAGAAGAUCCAGGAGGAGCUAAGAGGAAAGGAAGAUGAUAAAAUUUACCGUGGUAUUAACAACUACCAGAAGUACGUGAAGCCCAAGGACACGUCGAUGGGAAAUGCCUCUUCAGGAAUGGUCAGAAAAGGACCCAUCCGUGCUCCGGAGCACUUGCGGGCCACGGUGCGCUGGGACUACCAGCCCGACAUCUGCAAGGACUACAAAGAAACCGGGUUCUGCGGCUUUGGAGACAGCUGCAAAUUCCUCCAUGACCGCUCGGACUACAAACACGGCUGGCAGAUCGAACGGGAGCUGGAUGAAGGCCGGUACGGAGUCAAUGAUGAGGAAAACUAUGAAGUGAGCAGUGAUGAGGAGGAUAUGCCUUUCAAAUGCUUCAUCUGCAGAAGUUCCUUCAAGAACCCCGUGGUCACCAAGUGUAGGCACUACUUCUGCGAGAGCUGUGCCCUCCAACACUAUCGCAAGUCCCAGCGCUGCUACGUCUGUGACAAGCAAACCAACGGAGUCUUCAACCCUGCAAAAGAGCUCAUGGCAAAAUUGGAAAAACACAAAGGGGAGGAAGAGGAGGAAGAGCAGCAGCAUUCAGACCAGGGAGAGGAUCCGCAAUAGCAGAGCACCCUGUUUUGUAUCUAGCUGAAUAAAGCUUUCAUGGGGGGGAAAAAAAAAAAGCUCGCAGCAGUUGCCUUGGGGCCAGCAGCUGUAGCCAGUGCUU